UUCUCUGCAACAGAUGGCCUUUAUCAAUUGAUUCUUUCUUGAGAUUCUCCUAUGCAAUUACUAUGCCUUUUAACAACCUUUAUAUAACGGUAUUGCGAUAUACCAUACCAAAUUUUUGGUAUACUGAAUUUUGGUACGGUAAGUAUAAGUAUUGAUAUUGGCCAUAACGAAGAAUUGGUAAUACCGGAAAGGUUACACCGUUGCUUUGAACAACGAUUUGAACAAUUUUGGUGUUGAUUGUGUUAUGAAAUUGUUUAUCUCGAACUUGUUUUGGAAGGAGAAGAAACAUAUUACCGUACGAAUUAUGAUCAUCAGAGCGUGAAUAUGAAACAUUCAACUCGAAAUCCUUAGUUAACACAUUAGUUUAGUAGUUCUUGAUUCUUGAGUUAGGGGUGUAUUACUAUGCAGUAAAGUAUGUUCUGAUGAUUGAUUUGGAUUCGUGAUAGUUGAUUCGCUGCUGAUCUUCGAAAAUAGGGAUAACGAGCUGCGGAUAUGCUGUGAUGCUGUCAACUGAAAGUAGUAAUAUGUUGGUGUAUGAACUUAGCCAGCUUAUUAGUCCCCUCUACUUCAAAAGCUAUCCGAAUCUCUCAAAGGGCCUUCAGCUCGAAUGGAGCAACCGAGCCAUGUCCACUUUUCACGCCAUGUACAUUGCCACCGUGUCGUUAUACUUCGUGUUGUGGUCGGAUCUUUUCAAAAAUGACCCACAGCGCGGCCCAAUCACUCUCCGCAGUUCCAUGGUCUCGAUUUCUGCUUUGGGGGUUUCCGUUGGCUAUUUCCUUUCGGAUCUCAGCAUGAUUCUAUGGCGAUAUCCUUCGUUAGGUGGGAUGGAGUAUGUAGUUCACCAUCUUCUCUCGUUGGGUAGCGUGGUCUACGCUAUGCUCACCGGUGAAGCACAAAUCUACACGUACAUGGUCUUAAUGUCCGAGGCAACCACGCCUUCUAUCAAUCUGAGAUGGUAUCUUGAUGCAGCUGGUAUGAAGAGGUCGAAGGUGUAUACCAUAAACGGGGUCUUGAUAUUCCUAGCAUGGCUCGUUGCUAGAAUUUUGCUCUUCAUCUACCUGUUUUGGCAUUCUUUCGUAUAUUACGACCAGGCGAGGCAGAUGCACAAGAUAGGCGCGGUGAUGGUGCACGUCGUCCCGUUGGUGCUGUCCGUGAUGAACUUGUAUUGGUUCAGCAAGAUCUUCAGGGGGAUGGUGAAAACGCUCAAGAGGGAAUGAAGAAAUCGUGUUUAUUUUAUGGGAGGCGUUGAAACAGCGCUUUCUCUAUGUAAGUUUAUUGUUGUUGUGAAUAUUUGGAGGAAGAAAAUCUGAAGCACUUUUACUUGAAUAGUUAGGAAAAAAAAAGCUUGUAUAGAUUUGUGCAGAUUCAUUUAGGUAGUACUAUUUGUUGCUCAAAAAUUGUGACUAGAUUGAAGAUGCAAUCAUUGUUUA